UCGCCGCGUGGUUAUGCGAAGAGGAGGCUAUCACGACGCUGUCCGCGACGGGCCUCAGUAUCCGCCGGAGAGUUGUCGGAGUUACGUGUUGCCUCCUCGUCUUAUAUAUAUAUAUAUAUAUAUUUACGCGACAUCGCGAUACUGGUGUAACAUCUGACAGAGCUUAAGAGUGAGCCGCGAACGGAACAUUUUCCGCCGAAUUAUAUCUUCGUGCCGAAACGGAGCGCAAAUAGCGAGAAAAAGAGAGAGAGAGAGAGAGAGAGAGAGAGAGAGACACCGCAGCGUGCGCGGGAAAAAGGCACGCGAUUUUUAAAAGCAGAGACGCGCAGAAAAACAAGUUGGAAAGUUGACAGAAAUGGUGACAGCUAAUUGGCUCAGAAGCAGCCUGGUACUGCUGAGCAUUGUGAUACCAGCAAUAUUAUCAACAGUCAAUCAAUUCGACAUUUCCGAGUACAUCUACGGAAUAGAUCAUGAUUUACAAGCGAGAGCGCGUUCGGCCAUCGAAGCGGAGAGAUUUACCUAUCGAUCGCGUGCUAAUAGGAUACAGGCAGUCAACACGGCUUGCAGAAUUCGAUCGGAAAGACCGUGUCCUCCAAGCAAGUACAGAACACCCUCGGGUGCUUGCAAUAACGUGAGACAUCCUGCUUGGGGUGCUAGAGGUUCACCGUUCCUCAAAUUACUGCCGUCAGCGUAUUCGGAUGGUAUCUCGAGACCACGUCAAUCCGUCAGCAGUCACAGCCUACCUACAUCGAGCGACGUCAUCUCCAGUGUUUUGACGUCCAUUCCAGAGGUAGGAAGUCACGAGGGUCUGACGAGUCUCUCUGCAGUUUGGUCGGAGCUGGUACUCCAAGAUAUCGCUGCUACGGUGCAUUCCGUGGGUCCCGAAGACAAAUGUUGCACGAACGAGCAGCGUCAUCCGGAGUGCUACGAGAUGCGCGACGAGAAAUUUGGUUGCGAACGCUAUUGGCGAUCGGUACCAAGUUUGACGGUGUACGGUUGUCAGUUCGAGACGAGAGAGCAGAUGAACGGCGUCUCGGCGUAUCUCGAUGGUUCCGGGAUCUACGGCGUCACCGACGACAAGCUGCAUUUGCUGAGAACGUACGACGACGGCAAGGUGAAUCCGAACGCCUGCAAACGAUGUAACGAAACCGAUCGGGACGCGCUCGAUCAGCUGCAUCAGGUUCUCCUACGCGAGCACAAUCGCGUAGCGGAGAAAUUGGCGGAGGUGAACGUGCACUGGGACGAUUCGAAAGUGUUUCUGGAGGCGCGUCGCAUCGUCGUCGCGCAGCUGCAGCACGUCACCUUCAACGAAUACGUACCGGCGAUAUUGAGAGAAGCCGCGCUGGUCGAUCCCGAGCUUAGACCGCUCGGGAACGGCUUUUACACCGGUUACUCGUCGUCCAACAAGGCGGGCACCUAUCACGCCGUGGCUCUGACAGCUCUGCGUGCUCUCGCGUGGACGCGCGCCGAUGGAAAAGACAGCAUGGACGAGCACGCAUCCGCGUCGGCCAGUCGUGUCGGUUUCGCAUCUGCGUCGAAUGCGGCUGUUUGGUCCAUGCACGAGGCGCGGGAUCACGGAGUACCUGGAUAUGUUCAAUUUCUGACAGACUGUUUGGGAGAGACUGUUAAGAUUGAAAACUUUACGAAUCUGGAGCGAGUAAUGCGAUUCGAACACGCGCAGCUGCUAAGCCGAAUUUACAUGAAUCCAGAAGACGUGGAUCUUAUUGUGGGUGGAAUCCUAGAAACUCCGGUCACUGGUGCCGCGGUCGGACCAACGUUCGAGUGUCUUCUUAAGAAGCAGUUUGCGACGAUAAGAAAUUCCGAUCGCUUCUGGUACGAGAACGAUAUUCCACCGUCAGGAUUGACGACGGCGCAACUGGCCGAGAUCAGGAAGGUGUCUCUCGCUGGCAUUAUAUGUGCCAACACGGAUAUCCGCAGGAUACAGCCGAGAGUGUUUAUCCGACAGGAUCCAUACCUGAAUAGCAAAAUCAAUUGCGAGCAGUACGAAUCGUUGAGUGUCGCGGCGUGGAUCGAGGAAUCGUUGCCACUUCCUGUGAUGCAGCAAAAUCUAAUAAGCUCGAACGCGUACGAAUCAACGCGAUCCGUGCCGGAAAUUAGUCCAGAUGUACUCGCCGCCGCGGUGAAGAGAGCGGAGGAAGAGCUAAUCGAGCGUAAGCAGCUAGAAUACAAUGCUUGGCUGGAGCAGAAAGUCGUCGAUCCGAAAUCGGCUGCCGGGACUGCGGCCAGUUUUUCCAAGGCUAACAAAGACGCUCUGCUACUUGCUAAUUCAUCUAUCAUGUACGAGUUGGCCACCAACGAAAUUUUGAACAGCAUACACGAUCUUCGACGUAGGAAGCGCCAAGUCUUUGAGAAUACGGAGAAUGUCUUGGGAUUUCCCAACGCAAACGAAUUCUCCGAUUUGCUGCAAAACGUUGACAUCUCCGGCUUUCUGAAUCAUCAUCAUAAGCCGACCAAUCACGAGGAGGUGCAGUGUCCCGUAGACGACUCUCCGUGCGACCCUACCACGCCCUAUCGGACUUUAUCGGGUCAUUGCAACAAUCUGCGUAGUCCCAGUCUCGGUAAAUCGUUGACGACCUUCGCUCGCCUGUUGCCGCCCGCUUACGAGGAUGGCGUUUCUAAACCGAGAAGCACUUCCGUUACCGGCGCACCACUACCGAAUCCUCGAGUAAUCUCCACCGUAAUCCAUCCCGAUAUCUCGAAUUUGCACAAUCGCUACACGUUGAUGGUGAUGCAGUUUGCGCAGUUUUUGGAUCACGAUUUAACCAUGACACCCAUACACAAAGGCUUCGCGGAAUCGAUUCCCAGUUGUCGAUCGUGUGAUUCGCCACGCAACGUUCAUCCCGAAUGCAAUCCGUUCCCAGUGCCGCCGGGUGAUCACUUCUAUCCUACCGUGAAUGUUUCGUCGGGCGCACGUAUGUGUUUCCCGUCAAUGAGAUCGCUGCCGGGCCAACAGCACCUGGGACCCCGCGAACAGGUGAACCAGAAUACCGGUUUCCUAGACGCGUCGGUGGUUUACGGCGAGAAUUCUUGUAUUUGUAACAUUCUGCGCGGUUUCAACGGCCGCAUGAACAUCACGGUGAAUACGAGACGCGGUAGGGAUCUGCUGCCACAAUCGAUGACCCAUCCGGAAUGCAAAGCCCGGUCGGGCUUUUGCUUUAUCGGCGGUGACGGCCGCGCUUCGGAGCAGCCGGCAUUGGCUGUCAUGCACACUAUGUGGGUGCGUGAACACAAUCGAGUUAUGGAAGGCUUGCGGCAGACGAAUCUCCACUGGGACGGUGAGAAGCUAUUCCAGGAGACGCGACGCAUUCUUAGUGGUAUGCUGCAGCAUAUCACGUAUAAUGAGUUUCUGCCGAGGAUCCUCGGAUGGAAUGCCGUUAGCCUGUAUGGUCUAAAAUUGUUACCUCAAGGUUACUAUAAAGAAUACUCGCCUACUUGCAAUCCUAGUGUACUCAACGAAUUUGCCACCGCGGCCUUCCGGAUCGGCCAUUCGUUGCUACGACCACAUUUGCCACGUAUGGACCGCAACUACCAAAACAUCGAUCCGCCCAUUCUAUUGCGCGAUGGAUUUUUUAAUCCGGAUAUGCUUUAUCAGGAAAAUAUGAUAGACGAGAUGAUAUGCGGUUUGAUGGCCACACCGAUGGAAACAUUAGACCAAUUUAUCACCGGCGAGGUAACCAAUCAUCUGUUUGAGCAACAUGGUAUACCGCAUUCUGGUGUGGAUUUAAUAGCCCUGAACAUUCAUCGCGGCCGCGAUCAUGGAUUACCAUCGUACAAUCAUUAUAGAGCGCUCUGUAAUUUGAAGAAGGCAACCACGUUCGAGGAUUUGUCCAGGGAAAUGGCGCCGGAAGUGAUAGCUCGCAUGAAACGCAUAUACGCUUCCGUCGACGACAUCGAUCUGUUUCCAGGUGGUAUGAGUGAACGACCACUUCAAGGCGGUCUAGUCGGACCCACUUUCGCAUGCAUCAUCGCCAUUCAAUUCAGACAAUCGAGGAAAUGCGAUCGUUUUUGGUACGAGACGGAUGAUCCAAAUAUCCGCUUUACUGAGCAUCAAUUGGCAGAAAUUCGCAAAACCACCUUGACCAAGGUGAUGUGCGAGAACAUGGAUCAUCAAAUGGAUAUGCAAAGGGCGGCGUUUGAUCUACCCAGUAAUUUUUUGAAUCCGCGUGUACCCUGUAGCUCCAUGCCCCAUAUGGACUUUUCUGCCUGGCGAGAGACCAGACACGGUUGUCAAAUUGGGGGGAGAAACGUCGCUGUUGGCGAGUCUGGCUUUCCCACACCUUGCACCAGUUGCGUUUGCACCGCCGAAGGCACGCAAUGUGCUUCGUUAAGGGUCACGGAUUGCAACCAACUUUUACGAGAAGCUUCUCGAGAAGCAAUCUUGCGCGACGACGUAUGUACCGCUCAAUGUGGUUUUGUCCUAGCAGCCACAGAGUCUUCCACGAGACUACAACAAUUUACCACGCCUAGUAGCUCUGGUUUUCCCGGCUUUCCGCCACACACGAAUAACUUGAGAAGUUCACCAACCCCGGCUUCGUUCAACGGUUUUAAACUGCCCGAUCUUUCGCAGUUUAUUGGCUGAGUCACAAGAGAUGGGAAGACUUAAAACUCGUAACUCGUUUACUGAUUAUUGUAUUGUAUGCAGGAAACACACUGCCUCUUUCUUUUGAGAGACUGUACGACAAUGCGAUCCUAAAAUAUCAUAACCGGUUGGUCGUGCUCCAGCUCAAUACUUUAAAGAAAAAAAUACAAGGGAAGAGGAGAAAGAGCGAGAGGGCACGUCUUGAAUGUAAUGCAAGAUAUUUAUCGAAAGAUAAAAGAUAGAGUACCUGUCGGCGUGUAAAUAUAGAUGAUAAGGCAUAAGAAUUUAAUUUAUCGGAGUAAAAUGAGAUCGCAUCGUCGAAAAAUAAAAGAGAGCAGGAAGACAUACAAACGCACGGGAUAUGUAACUUUUCAAACGAGGAAUAUUGCGUUAAAUAAGCGCAUAAAUGAGAAAUGACGAUGGACGACUCGCGAUAAAUUAUCGUGUUGUAUAUUGUGGUAAUGUUACGUUACUGCGAAAACUAGGAUCGAAAAGGUACGUACAGGACAUAUCGGGUGAACGCGCGCCAUGUCAUGUACUGUGCGACACGUGUCGGCGCCACUUCACACGUUUUGAUGAUAGGUGGAAUCGGCACAGAGAAAUAAAAAAUAGAAAUAAAACGUUCGUUUUGAA